AUGAGUACGGCUUGGGUAAAGAUUCCCCCAGAGGUACGACUUAGUAUCCUCGAGGAAAUUGUCGCUGGGUAUCCGGCUGGAUAUGCUGCAAAGCAACGCCAUAAUUACACCAAAUUGGCCCAGUACGCCACCGUAUCACGCGAAUGGCAAGCUUUUUUUGAGGGUAUCACCUUUCGUAACUUCGUUAUCGAUCCUUCGAACUUGCCUAUCUUCAAAGAUAUAUUGCACGGAGAGAAUGCAAGGAGGCUCAGACAUAUUCGCUAUCUCUGGCUUCGAAUUAAGCUCGACACUUAUGACUGUUCGGUUUGUCGAACGGCGGAAGAUGAUGCCACGGUCGUCAGAAAUAAUUCUGUCUUCACCAGCGCCCUAUUUGAUCUGUUGAACAUCCUAUCAAAUGCAAACGGCAGCACGUGGCGGAAAUGCCUGACUUUGGAGCUGAGUGUUCACUCUCCGAGUGACUACCAGCACGUUUAUCGAGACUUUCGUUUAGAAGAUGAAUACCCAUUUAUCACCGAGGCCGAUUUGGACGAUGAGCAAUGGUAUACCGAUUAUCAUGUCGCAAGAAUGAAAGCAAUGAGUAAGAUAAAAGACUUACCACAUGGACUACCUGGGCGACGGAGACGGCACUGGGGUCGGCGCCGCCCAACACUCGAGGACAAGAUGAGGCUGCGGGGAACAUUGCCUCUCUCACUCGACUUUGGAGAAUCAGAGAAGGUGCUUCCACAGGUUGACAUUAUCAAGGCAUUUGUAAUUCGUCGGCAAUGCUUUCGGACCAUCUCGAUUAAAAGCCUCACCCAGAUGUUUCGGGAGAGCUUUCGAAGCCUCGAAAUGUUUCGACAUGAGUGGGUGAAGCAUGCUACCGCGUCGCUUCAAGCAUCGAGCCGAGAAGUACUAAGGGCCACCAUACAGUGCCCUAAUCAGGCACGAAUCAACGAUGGCUUUCUCUGCAACGCGAGCCAGACAGCAUCGCACAUGCCCGAGCUCAAGACCAUGGAGUUGUGGGAUAUUCAAUCAAAGUCGGCAGUCAUAUUCCGCUACUCGAUCAAAGACGGCAAUAGCCCGAGCAUUACUUUGCUCGACAACGGGACAUUUGGUGCCAGCUUACAACUCGGAGAGGCUGUGGUAAAAAGCUGGCAAGAAACGGCGAGGGUUCAUGGGCACAGAGACCUGGUUGUCAAUAGAGGCCGUUUCCCCUUUGGCAUGGAAGAAUUCCGGCUUUCCAGAGGUAGGUGUUUUCUUUGCCACUUGGAGUUGAAGAGGCUAGUGUUUGAUCCUCGCACAUUUCAUCAACUGCAAUUCGAGGGGAAGCAUGGCACAUGGUUUUAG